AUGUGGCUGAUUAACACCCAGACCUUGGCCCUGGAGUACUUUGCCAGUCCCAAAAAGGUUCCCUACGCCAUUCUCUCGCACACAUGGGAACAAGAAGAGGUCACGUUCCAAGAGUUCCACAAGCUGGACACAGCGAGGUCCCGGAAAGGGUUUGCUAAGAUCGCCAAGACGUGCUCCGUUGCCAAAGACCGAGGCCUUGAGUACGCCUGGGUCGACACCUGCUGCAUCAACAAGGAGAACAGUGCAGAGCUCUCAGAGGCCAUAAACUCAAUGUUUAGGUGGUACAAGAACGCAACCGUCUGUCUCGUCUUUCUCUCCGACCUUGCUCAGGGACAUGACGGUGGGUGGGCCUCCUGCCGCUGGUUCACCCGGGGCUGGACUCUCCAGGAGCUCAUAGCACCCCCGAAUGUCGAAUUUUAUGACGCAGCGUGGACUUUCAAGGGUACCAAGAAGGGCUUGCUGGGCCUCUUGUCUUGGGUGACUGGUAUAGAUGAGACCGUCCUGUCGGGAGAGACCAGGCUGUCCGAACUGCCUGUUGCCAGAAAAAUGUCGUGGGCAGCGAGAAGACGAACGGGCCGGGAUGAGGAUAUCGCAUACUGUCUGAUGGGCCUGUUCGACCUCAACAUGCCACUGCUAUACGGCGAAGGUCAAAAGGCCUUUCUAAGGCUGCAAGAGCAGAUUUUGAACCAGACGCACGACCUCAGCCUUCUCGCCUGGACCGCUCAAGACGAGCCACACCCGUAUGAGGACUAUGAGGACGGUGACGACCCGCACCAACAAUUCCGAGGCAUUUUUGCGAGCUCCCCAGUUGAGUUUUCUGCUUGCGGGGGCAUCGUCUCUCGGCUGUACCCUUGCUGGACAUCGAAGAGCGAGGAAUUUACCGUCACAAGCAAGGCCUGGAGGUCAAACUCGCCUCUGGUAUAUGAAGUCCAGUUGCUCGAGGAAGUUGGAACUUUGGGAAUUGAACCGGAGCAGAUAAUGGGGAACGGGACUCCGGAAAACUUUGUGCUGUCCCUGAGAUGUAUAAAGAGUGGGACAGUGGACAAUAUGUGCAAGUUCCUGACCAUGGUCAUCCUCCUCAGACAAACCAGCGAGGGUUACGUCCGAACACGGUUCCGAAAGACAUCUGCUCGCAGUACAGCGGAAGCCUGUGGGUUCCCAAAACCGACCGAGACCAACUUUGACGCCCCUGAGCUCCUGCAAGUGUUUGUGCCGCCCGAGGUGUACGACCCGGUGAACAACGUAUUUCGGCUGGAUGGCGGGCCCGGCAAUGCUCAUAUCGGCCUGAACUUCAACGUAAGCAAUGAUUCGCCGCUCUCGCAAAGAAAUAGUAGCAACCAACCGCGCAAUUUUAAAUUCCUGCUGGCGGCGAGACACCUCGGAGACGCAGGAACCAGCGGCGACCGCGAUCCGAGAUUGGCAUUUUCCUGGGCCAUCGUCCCCGAGACGUCCGACUGGUACGACCCAAUGCUGCUCUUCCUGAAGGGGCCACGCCAGCGGGCCAUUGACAAUAUCAACAAGAUAUCGCUUUCUUUCUUCCAGCAGCCGCUACCGACCAGGGUCGAGCUCAAGUGGAAAGGCGCCAAGUUCGGUGAGUUGCUGCUUGACGUGGUCAGGGUUCCGAUGCAGGAGUUUAGACUGGUGGACAGGCCGGCCGAAGAUGAUUACUUGUACUCGAUCCAACUCGGAUGGAAGCCUUGGGUGCCGCCAAGGGCUGGUUCUUUUGUCCCGAAGCGAAGAUGA